GGGGUACAAAUGACUCGAUUACACUUGGGCUCUGGCUAAAAGCUGGGCUAUAGUUCAAUAGCAUAUGAAAAAAGAUAUCCCAUUCCAAGGCAGUCUUUACUGUUAGAAAUACAGCCGCCGGUUUCUAGGCAUUAUAUUUACUUAUCGUGUUGUUCAAGAACAUGAUUCUGGUGUCUAUUGCAAACAAGUUGCCAUGGCCAACCCAAAUCCAUCGGGAUUUGCCGCAUUACUCAACGGAAUUUCAUUGCUAGUUCUUUCGUUCGCUUCCUUUUAUUGCAUUUGCAAUGAAGGCAUUGUGCGGAAGAGACCUCAUGGCUUACUUUAUGUCACGUCAGUGGUAAUACUCCUGGCGACGAACUGUGCGGAACUUAUCAUUGUAUGCCUACGAGAUCUGUCACGUGGUGAUAAAGAGAAUACUGUCGUUCCCCUCACAGCUUUAAUAUGCUUCUGUCUGCUCUCCCUGACAAGAGGAGGGACACAACACCGACUCACAUGGACUGUCGUUGUUAUGCACCAUUUAUUACAGCCAGCAGCUCAAGGCACAAGUUUUAAGGUAUGGAGAAGGUAGGUUAUGAUGUGGAGAAGGUAGGUUAAGGCAGUGCAGAAAGGUUAAGCUGUGGGGUAAAGCCUGAGGAUUACCUUUGCUUACUGAUAAUUAUUAGAACCAGUUUAAGUAGAUAUGUAUUACAAU